GGCGCGCGCUCGCAGGUGCGGCGGCGGCGGCGGCGGCGGCGGCGGGUUCGAGCUGCGCGGCCGGCGGAGGGUUCGCGGCCCCCGAGCGCGCCGCGGAAGGGACCCGCUUCGGGAGCCUGGCCACAGCCCGCGACCUCACGACCAGGCGGUGGCGCUGCAGCGGAGGGGGCUCGGGCGCGGGGCCCGGCGGGACCCGGGACGGCGGGACGGCCGAGCUGGGAGCCGCGCACCCGGGGUACCAGAUGAUGGAUUUAGCUGCACUUCUAUGAAGACAUGCCAUAUGUCUUUCCUGAUUCCAGAACCAACAUGUCCAGACUUUUGCCACCUUAGCAGAGUAGGGCUUGGUGACACUUUCCGGGAAUCAGGCGUAGUCUGACCCAGGAACAGGAAGCACAUUAUCACCAAUGACAUCAUGACAGCAAGAGAGCCCAGCCCUCGCCAUGGCGCCAAGGCCCGUGCCAUGCAGCGGGCUUCUACCAUUGAUGUGGCCGCUGACAUGCUUGGCCUCUCUCUGGCAGGAAAUAUACAAGAUCCAGAUGAGCCCAUCUUAGAAUUCAGCUUAGCUUGCAGUGAGCUUCACACUCCAUCGCUAGAUCGAAAACCAAAUAGUUUUGUGGCUGUGAGCGUGACCACCCCCCCUCAGGCAUUCUGGACAAAGCAUGCGCAGACGGAGAUCAUCGAGGGAACCAACAACCCUAUAUUUUUAAGCAGUAUUGCCUUCUUUCAAGACUCUCUCAUCAAUCAGAUGACACAAAUAAAACUCUCCGUAUAUGAUGUCAAAGACAGAUCUCAGGGAACAAUGUAUUUGCUGGGCUCUGGAACAUUCAUUGUCAAAGAUCUGCUCCAGGACAAGCAUCACAGGCUGCAUUUAACACUAAGGUCUGCAGAGAGUGACCGUGUUGGUAACAUCACUGUGAUCGGUUGGCACAUGGAGGAGAAGUCAGACCAGCGGGCCCCCGCGACCCGGUCUGUGGACACCGUCAAUGGGAGGAUGGUUCUGCCUGUUGACGAAAGCUUGACGGAGGCAUUGGGAAUUCGAUCCAAAUAUGCUUCAUUGCGGAAAGACACUUUACUGAAAUCAGUGUUUGGCGGUGCCAUCUGCCGCAUGUACCGGUUCCCCACGACGGACGGCAACCACCUGCGGAUCCUGGAGCAGAUGGCGGAGAGUGUGCUCUCCCUGCACGUGCCCCGGCAGUUUGUGAAGCUCCUGCUGGAGGAAGAUGCAGCGAGAGUGUGUGAACUGGAGGAGUUGGGGGAGCUGUCACCGUGCUGGGAGAGCCUCCGGCGCCAGAUCGUCACGCAGUACCAGACCAUCAUCCUCACCUACCAGGAGAACCUGACUGACCUCCAUCAGUACAAAGGUCCGUCUUUUAAAGCAAGCAGCUUGAAAGCAGAUAAAAAGUUAGAAUUUGUCCCUACAAAUUUGCACAUACAAAGGAUGAGAGUUCAAGAUGAUGGAGGAUCAGAUCAGAACUACGAUGUUGUCACCAUUGGAGCGCCCGCUGCUCACUGCCAGGGCUUUAAGUCAGGAGGUCUUCGCAAAAAGCUGCACAAAUUUGAAGAGACCAAGAAACACAGUUUUGAGGAGUGUUGCACAUCAUCUGGCUGCCAGUCCAUAAUCUACAUCCCACAGGACAUCGUCCGAGCCAAGGAAAUCAUUGCCCAGAUCAACACCUUGAAAACCCAAGUGAGUUACUAUGCAGAGCGGCUCUCAAGAGCAGCCAAGGACAGAUCUGCCACUGGCCUGGAAAGGACACUUGCCAUCUUAGCAGACAAGACCCGGCAGCUGGUCACAGUCUGCGAUUGCAAGCUUCUGGCCAGCUCCAUCCACGGGCUGAAUGCGGCACGGCCUGACUAUAUCGCCUCCAAGGCCUCACCCACCUCAACGGAGGAAGAGCAGGUGAUGCUCAGAAACGACCAGGACACCCUCAUGGCCAGGUGGACAGGCAGGAACAGCCGCUCUUCUCUGCAGGUAGACUGGCACGAGGAGGAGUGGGAGAAAGUGUGGCUGAAUGUGGACAAGAGCCUGGAGUGCAUCAUUCAGCGGGUGGACAAACUGCUGCAGAAGGAGCGUCUGCAGGGCGAGGACUGUGAUGAUGUCUUCCCCCCCGCUGGCAGCAGCACCAGCAAGAAAGGUAACCAAGGCAGCCGCGCCUACUGGAUCCGCCCGGAGGACACCUGCUCCGACGGCCCCUCCUCGCCAUGCCCCUCCGCCAUUCCCUCUGCUGCAUGCCAUCCUCACCCGACCACAUAUUGCAGCCCCCCUCCUGAAGAGUCCAGCCCAGGUGAGUGGAGCGAGGCCCUCUACCCACUGCUGACCACCCUCACCGACUGCGUGGCCAUGAUGAGCGACAAGGCCAAGAAGGCCAUGGUGUUCCUGCUGAUGCAGGACAGCGCGCCCACCAUCGCCAGCUACCUGAGCCUGCAGUACCGCCGCGACGUGGUCUUCUGCCAGACUCUGACAGCUCUCAUCUGUGGCUUCAUCAUCAAGCUGCGCAACUGCCUGCAUGACGAUGGCUUCCUGCGGCAGCUCUACACCAUCGGGCUGCUGGCCCAGUUCGAGAGCCUGCUGAGCACCUAUGGAGAGGAGCUGGCCAUGCUGGAGGACAUGAGCCUUGGCAUCAUGGACUUGAGGAAUGUCACCUUCAAAGUCACACAGGCCACUUCGAAUGCAUCAAUUGACAUGCUGCCGGUCAUCACCGGAAAUCGUGAUGGGUUUAAUGUGCGGAUCCCUCUGCCUGGCCCCCUCUUUGACUCCCUGCCCCGCGAGAUCCAGAGCGGCAUGCUGCUGCGGGUGCAGCCCGUCCUCUUCAACGUGGGCAUCAAUGAGCAGCAGACGCUGGCCGAGAGGUUCGGUGACACAUCUUUGCAAGAAGUUAUCAAUGUGGAGAGUUUGGUGCGGCUAAAUUCCUACUUUGAGCAGUUUAAAGAAGUUUUGCCAGAGGACUGCCUACCUCGAUCCCGGAGCCAGACGUGUCUCCCGGAGCUGCUACGAUUCCUGGGUCAAAACGUGCACGCCAGGAAGAAUAAGAAUGUGGACAUUCUCUGGCAAGCUGCUGAGAUCUGCCGCCGCCUUAACGGGGUCCGGUUUACCAGCUGCAAGAGUGCCAAGGACCGCACAGCCAUGUCUGUGACACUGGAGCAGUGCCUCAUCCUGCAGCACGAGCAUGGCAUGGCCCCGCAGGUGUUCACACAGGCACUGGAGUGCAUGCGCAGCAUUGGAACACGGGAGGUGGUCACCCAGAAGAACUUGAGCGGCCUGGUGCCCAUCCGAGACUUAAGACUAGACCCCAGCCUCCUCUGUUCCAUCCCUCUGUUAGCUCUGAGCCCCAAUUUACUGAUUGUGUGGCUCUUCCUGAGCAUAGCAUACCUGCUGUCCAAAUUGCGUUGCAAAUGAAUGCCAUGAUGAAAAAUUAACACUAAGUCACGAGCAAAACAAAAGUGCCAGAAUAUGUCCAGCCGCCAUGUACCUAACUGGACAGAAGGAAUGUGUCAAAGCGUGGUCUGCCAAGAAAUAGUUUAUGCCUUACAAUUUGGCUUUUUGUUGUUCUGAACUGUACAUACCUGCCAAAUUAUUUCACCAAGAGGACCUGUUGGUUUAAAGUCUGCAGCUCUCAGUGCUUGUAACAUGUUUUCACAGUGCCCUGUUGCCACAUUGUUGAGCUCACCUGGAAGUACUUGUACUCAAGCUCUUACUUUCUAAUGUAAAACUCUUUAUUACCUGUAUAUUUCAUGUGCCCUGUUUCCAAGAGAAAGGAAUUCUGUCUGAAAAGUAUUUGUAUAUUUGAUACUAUUCUAUAUUUAAAUGUACUGCUAACCUUUCCUUUCCUUUUGAAAAGAAAUGAAAAGGGUAGAUGCUAACUAACUAACUGGCUUCUCUAGAUAAACCUAUUUAUAGGACAGGUACUUUCUGCUUUCAUUUCAAAGCGUAGUCCCUUAAAUUACAGUAGCAAACAGUUUGCAGAAUCACAUUUCCUCGCUUAUGUUUGUUAUUUCUGAUUUGUAAUGACACAAAGCUAAGACUAUAAUAGCAUAUUGUACCAAAUAAGGUACAUAAUAAUAACUUAUUGCAUGUGACAUUAAAUGCGCUCUUUUAACUCUUUAAAUAUAUUAAAAUGAUUCCAGAAAUUAGUGCAGAUAGUAGAAAAGACUAUUAAAAUGGCAUACAUUUUAAAAAUUAAAAUAGCUUUCUCUUUUAUGAAUAACUGUGAACAACAAAGAAAAAUAUCAAAGAAAAGUCACCCCAAAAGUGAGGCCUAACUUUUAAGUAGUUGUGCUAGACGGAAAACAUUUCUUUGGCUUCUGCUCUAAAUUUAAUAUUAGGCCUGGCUAUAAAAUAGGAUGAUUUAAAACCAUAACAGUUAUGUUAUUCAGUAGGGUAAAUGUACAAACAUAAAAGAACAAAUUAGGGGAAAAUUUUAUAGAUUAUUUCUUUAUAAGAAAUAGUAGCAUCUGGUUUUUGGUUCAAAAUUUCUGUCCUCCUAUUUUUGCCAUUUUAACUUGCUCCCCAUAUAAUGCAUUUCAUUAAAAUGGAUUUCUUUCUAGCACUUUAAAGAAAUUAGAACAAUUUACAAAAGCAGACUUUUCCAGAAACUUUAUACCCACACAUACACUUAACCUGAAGCUGACACAGAGCCUGGCUCAGGUUGUAGAGCACAGGCUGGCAGAUGUGAGACCAGAGCUAGGUUUGGUUCCUGCGCUGAAUUCUCACCCACCCCCAAGGUUUUAGAACUUGCUCUGGGAUUGCUCUAUUUUGGCAUCAGAUCUGAAUCUAGGGAUUAUAGAAGUAGCUAAAUAUGAAUCAAAGUCUAAGCAUCAGACUUAGACUUUGAAUCCAAAAAUGGAGGGCUGUUUGCCUGCCACCUCUGGAAAUGCCUUUCUUUCUUAGACCUCCUGAGCAUUUCAGGAGAACGUUAUCAUGGCUGCAGGCAAAUCCAUUCUUCCCUGUGCAAGUGGCCACACUCUUCUUGAAUCAAUGAGGUGGCUGGUGUGUGGCAUAGCUCCGGGGAACUGGUAAUGAGCAGUGUGGGCCCGAGUCGCUGUCCAGGGUUCUGAAAAGUUGGGCCUUUUGCCCUCCUUUGUGUCAACAUGCUGACUACAGCUCUCAAGGCCCUUUCACUUACUUUAUCUGAAAGAGGGAAAGACGCAUCCACACGCCAUCCAUUUCCCAUCUCAGCUGCUCACAGCCUGCUCUGGGCUCAGAGCUACAGACACCCCACAGUGGUGGCACACUUGGUGUUGGCCCACCCACCCAUAGGAUGGCCAGGGCAGGCACAGACGAGUCAUUUCUGGCAGGACACAGUGUCUAUCUUCCCCAAACCUGAGGUGCUUCAGUGGCACUCUCUCAAAAUAUCCCCAGGACCCACUCUUUAGAGGGGAGCAUGUUCACCUCCAGAAGCUUUUCCAAGGGGGCUCAUAGAUGCCCAACCUUUUCUAGGUCAGCCUGGGAUGUGUGUUGCUUUUCUGCAGAAUAUCUGUCUGAGAAAAGGAACUCAAGAUGUUUUCCCUUUGUGCUGAGUUUUAAUGGCACUUAGGCUAUUUCUCAUGAAAUCAGGCUAUGUGUUAUAUAUCCAAAAAAUUUUUUUUCUGCUAUAGUGAAAAAUAAGAUGAAAAAAAGAUGGGGUGAUUCAAGAUUGGGGAGCCAGUGAUAUUUGGUGAUGGGGUAAACUCAUGCUAAUGCCAAGAUAGUAGCUAGCCUGGAUUUCGGUGUGUCUUUCUGCCACAGUUCCAGAUGAGAUUCACAGUAGAUGAUCCCCAGUGGAAAAGCAAACCCAAAAUGUUUCUCUUAUAUUAGCUGUCAUUUGGCAUUCCCAUUCUAAUUUUCCACAGCAAAGAUGAAUGCUCUUGAAUUCAUUUACUGAAAUUAGUUUUUUAAAAACCACAUGGCUGUGAAAUAAGUCAGUCUCUCUUGCUUCUAUCCAAGUCCUCAGUGUAAGGUAGAGCCUCCCGGUAGCAGGCAGCCAGCAUGCUGAGUGGAAGUCUGCCCUGCCUCUGCAACAGGUCACACAGUCCCCUCACACACUCCAUAGGGCCAGGUUCUAGGGCCAGAGCCUGUCUCAACACACCCACACUGUGAAAGGGACUGUCCGCAUGUGACCUGCCACCUUCAUCAAAUUGUAUAAAUCAUGAACAUUUAACAGAAAUUAAACAUAGUGUGGAUUGAAAAAUCAAAUUGAGCCAGAGCAAUAGUACAGUGGUUGGGGUGCUUGCCUUGCAAUGCUGCUGACCCCAGGUUUGAUGCCUGGCACCCCAGCUGGUUCCCUGAGCCCACCAGGAGUGAUCCCUGAGUGCAGAUCCAGGAGUGAGCCCUGAGCAUCACCAGGUGUGGCUCAAACACCUCCUCCGCCCCCAAAAAAUUAAAAUGAAAGUAUAAUCUUGUUUAUAAUUUUAUAGAUGUUUUAGCCAGCUAUACUAAUAGCUUCCUUCGUGUGUAAACAAAAGUCAGGGUUGAAAGCUGCAAAUUCCCCAAAGCAGUCUGAGGUAAAUGAGAGGUAGCUGCUUUCUGAGCACCUUCCGUUUAUAAAUGGAGAAGCCAUAUUGAGAACAGUGUGAUAGUGUAAGCACUUCCAAAGAUUAGACAGGACUGUGUAUAGGAACCUAUAGCUUCUGCUUUCAGUAGAAUUGUUUUUUACCUGAUUAUUGAAUGUUAUGCCGAUGUGACUGUCACUUACCCUCGGGGCUUCUUGCUCAUGUGGCCAGGGCAUUUCAGCCCCACUACUGUGCUAGUGGCAGGAAAGCAGCUGAAUUACCAAAUUAGUUGACAACAAACAGGUGGAUACUUUUCUAAACUUCCUGAGCUUUUGAAUAAAUUUAUUCUUAUGAAAAAUACUUUACAUGUUCUUGAUAAUAAAUAUGUCCAAGCCUUUUUCUCUUUAAAAGGCUUGAACAAUUCCUAAUGAUAUAUUUUUAAAUUGCAUGACAUAAUGGUCUUCAUACGAUUUGAGAUAUUUUUUUUAAAUCAUAGUUUCUUGGUAACUGCAAAUUUUACAUCUCAUAAGGAGGACUUUUGUAUUCAAUUUGAUAACUAGAUUUUAUUGCCAAUCUUUAGAUACUAUCAAACUAUAAAGUUCAGUGUCACCGGAAGUCACUUACAUUUAGAAUUGUUUUUGUCUGUUAGUUGUGUCCACACCAGUUCAUUUUCCAGAGAAGUCCCCUGAUGCUCUCAUCUGGGAAUGUGAGCCUGGCAUGGCUCCUGCCACUGAGUUCCCUUGAUCAACCUCCAUCCAGUGCUGCAGGGGUGGGGGAGCUGACAGCCUUCUCUUUGGAAGGGAACUCCAGGGGUCUUACUGGCUUAGUGGCACUGUUGUGAGAAAUGGCCACAAUAAAGACAGCCCACCAGGAGGGCAUAGGGGGAAUUCCCCCUUCACGCUGCACCUGCCCUGCUAGCCAUGCAAGCAUCCCAUGGACUGAUGGAUUGUUUUGCACCAUGGACCACUUGGUGGGUCUCCUAGGUGGGGACAAGCUUGUUAGCGCUGCCUCUUUGUUGUAUUCUGCAAGGAGAACCAGCAUUUUGAAUCUGGGGUCACUAGUGACUACUGCAUGUACAGAAAGAUGCAGCUCUUUAAGAGUAGCUCUUGUCCUUUCCCCACCAAUCUGCCAUUGUAACAGAGCCUUUGGACAACUAGUUAUGCUAGAAGUCUCAAAUCACUUGGAAAGGAAGUACAUGGAACCAUAAACCCAAAUAGAAGUUUGCUUCCACUUAGAUCUGAUGCUGCUUUUGGAAAUGCAAAUCUUGCCGUCCCAUACAGCAUGCGCCCAUCUCUGUGCUUCUUACUUGCCUUGUUCAGAAACGCGCCAUCUGACAUGUGUAUUGUAAAUGAGUCCAGAACCCAUUUAAGUGAAUCAGCCUUUUAUUUCAAUGCUAUGAAAAUAAUUCAUUUCAUCUUAGUUUUAAGUCUUUCUUUUUUUUCCUUUUUUACUGCUGUCAUUUCUUGUGCUUGUUU